CCUCCUUCUGCUAUUUCCAUUUGUCUUGUCAUUCCAUCGCUACAAACCAUCAGGAGCCAAAUUCAGGCCAAUCAGUGCUGAGGGAGGUGCAACGGCAUUUAAAAAGAGGGCUCGUUUGAUAAAUAUACAACACUUCCGACUGACUCCGGAUCACUGAGCACAGAGGGACACUCUGCACUGAGCAGCCGCUACAUAUAACAAGGAUGAAGAACUUCAUUCAGUCCCUUCUCCUUCUUAUCGCUGUGAUUGUGUCAACUACCGGUGCUCAGAAAGAGAUUUAUGCUAAGGAGGGACAGGAUAUUACCUUGGAGCCAACAUCCUAUCCAGCAAACUCUUAUGUGUACUGGUAUUUUGAAAAACAGGAUGGUCAUCAACUUGCCUGGCUUAACCCCUUAGGCGGAAAGGGAUUCAGUAAUGAUGAGAAGUGGAAAAACAGGUUGUCCUUAACUGGUGCCUCGCUGGUCAUAAACGCUUUGCAGGAAGACCUCUUUGGGACUUUUGUCUGUAAAAUCAGCGCAGCCGGUCAGCGUGACUCGAUCACUGUAUUUAAAGUCAUUCAAGUCAAUGUGAUUGAGAAAUCAGCCUCUCCUCUGUUGUCUGGCGAUUAUCUGAGUCUGACCUGCAGUCUGGGAAGUGUUCCUCAAAACACACCUGAGAUUUACUGGCUCAGUCCCCAGGGAAACAGAGAAGGAAACAAAGGAAUAGUCUACAUUCAAGCCAGAAGUGAACACAACGGCCAGUGGGACUGCGUAGUGAAAAAAAAUGCCAAUGAAAAGAAGUUCCCAGUUUCUGUUACAGUUGUGGACCUCGCCCCUGUGCCUUCACAUCAGUAUACAUCCACAGACUCGCCUCUCACCAUCCCUUGUUCUUUAAUUUCUCCUGUUACCUGGGAACAAGUGAAAAAAAAGGAGAUUGAGGAAGUUCAGUGGCACUUUGCUCCUAAACUCUCCUCAGGCACCCUUUCUGACAAUCAGGAGCAGCUCUUCUCCCUCGAUCUGGAAAAACUUACCUGGAAGAAGGGUAAAGACAAAGGACUGUCUCCUGUAUAUAACAUUAAAAACGGAAAUCUGUCUUUGACCAAAUCAAAGGCAACAGUAGAAGAAAGAGGACGCUACACGUGCUCAAUGAAAUUUAAAAAUGGCAGGACCCUGGAGACCACAGUAGACGUAGUGGUGUUGGAAAUCAUCGCCCACCCAAAAGCAGAGCUAAUCUACGGUCAGCAGGUCAAUCUGUCCUGCAGCACUGGUGACCAGCUGCCCAAUGAUAUGAAGUUAAAUUGGACUUCACCUAAAACGUCAUCUUACAUCUCUUACCCCACCCAUAUUACUGUCCCGGAAGUGGGCAAAGAAGAUAACGGAAAGUGGGGGUGUGAGCUGUGGCAGGGCGGCAACAAGCUGACGUCAGAUGAGAUACUGCUUAAGAUCGAACCCAGACUGAGUGUGUGGAUGCUGGUGAUCAUUUGCAGCGCAGCAGUCAUCCUUCUCCUCCUCCUCGUGCUCACUUUCAUCCACUACCGACGCAGAAAACAGAAAACGAGACUCCUCAGGCAUCAACUCUGCCAGUGCAAAAACCCCAAACCAAAAGGAUUUUACAGAACAUGAAAGCUCACAGACCGGAUCUUUAAGAAGAAACGGGAACACGCUGAAUUUCUGAUCUGAUAUGUUCUGAUUUACCUGAUUACCUGGAUUUACAUCUCUCAUUUUGCCAUACUGGAAAGUACAAAAGAGUUUUGUUGGAUUGAGGAUCAAACAUAUCAGGCAAUCUGGACUGAUUUUAUGUAUUUUGUGUAUGAUUAUUACCGUCUGUGACUUUAAAUCAUUUACACUUUGAGUCUAUCUGUAGACUAAAUUUCCUGUACCCUUAUGUAUAUUUUUGAGGAGGUCUGUAAUGCUUUCAGAUGUGUAGGUGCUU